AUGUCUUAUCAGAAGCCUGAGAAGGAGCUCAAUGACCAGCCUAAGGUCCACCGCAUUAGAAUUACCCUCACGGGCCGCAAUGUUUCCUCUCUCGAAAAGGUCUGUCGCGAGCUCUCUGAACGCGCUCAAUCCAAGAACAUUGCAGUGAAGGGCCCAGUUCGUCUUCCGACGAAAACCCUCAACAUUGUCACGCGGAAAACACCCAAUGGUGAGGGCAGCAAGACCUGGGAUCGCUAUGAGAUGCGCAUUCACAAGCGAUUGAUUGACCUUAACGCUCCUACAGAGGCCGUCAAAGCCAUUAUCAUCAACAUCGAGGCCGGGGUCGAAGUUGAGGUGACUAUUGCAGCUUAG